AUGCAGGUGCAACGACCAAGUGCUGAGGUUCGGUACGAACCAACAGCCGAUGAUAUUGACCUGGUUGCAGUCCAAGAAGAGCGAAGGCGCCGUAUCGCCCAAGCCCAGGAUGAGGAGCUGAGGUGGUCGAAUCUGAAAGCUGUCCUGAGAGGUGAAACCACCGUGAUGACUUACAAGGAAGAUCGGGAAGCCUGCAAGUGGGCCGACAAUUUUGUGCUAUCAAGUGACAAUGUCCUGUAUUACACGGAUGUGAGCAGAAGAAAGGUCGAUGAAAACUUGUCCGAGAUGUCGUUGAUACUCGUGGUGCCAACCACAAUGAUCCAAGAUGUGCUAUAUAACUGUCAUGACUCCAUUGAAGGAGGACACCAAGGUGUCGUCCGCCCCUACCAGAAAGUAAAACACUACUACUACUGGAUCGGUGUCUAUGCAGAUGUGGAGAAACAUAUGAAGUCAUGCCUCGACUGCAGCUCAAGAAAGAGCUUGCCGUAG